AUGGUUCAUUUUCUUGACGACGCUUACAAUAUUGUCAUAGCAGAGAUGGAGUCGUCGUUGGCCAACUGUGAAGCCUGGCACGAGGGGAAAGGCGCACAGGAGAGCGAAGCGUUCUGCCAAGUGCCCCAACCGGCAUUAUCGAGGGAGCCUCGACAAACUUCCUUUGCGGUGCAGAGGCCCAAAUCCAUCGAGAGUAAAGACAUCCGCCUAACCUUAUCCCAAAGACCGACUUCUCAAAUCAAUGGAAAGGAAGAAGACUUCCAGUGGCAUAUCAGGCCGGAGCUACAUCCCCCUGUUCUCAGCUGCCUAGAGAGUGACUUACUAGGGGAUUUGCUCUGUGCUAUAAUCUCACAAGGUUCUGAGAGUAUGUCAACAGUGUGUGAAAGGCUCAGUGGGAAAUUACUUCCGAAGACACUUCGCCAGUUCAUUUGGAUUGAUAAGCUCUUGAGGUCAGGCUCCAAGAGCUACAUGACUCAAGGACUAAUAUCUGUCGAGAAGGAAGCCAGAGAGAGAUUUGGGCAAACGGUAGCACAGCGGGCAGCCAAGCUGAAGCUCAGAAGUGCCACUCGGUCGCCGCUUUCGGGGCUGAUUGAAAAUGCGGUGGUGGAGACGUACGGAAGCGUUCCCUGCAUGCGUCCUUUCGCUGCCAAUGAGCAGGUGAUUUUAGAGUCCAGCAAGAGCUUAAACGUCCUUUAUGUUUUCAACGGUGCUUACGAACCCUACCUUAUCCACUGGCUCUUUCCUCUGCAAAUGGCAUUUAAGCCAAUAACACCAAAAGCAGAACACCCUUACGAAUUAGCCAUGUACCUGCAUUCCUUACACGGGAAGCUGUUUCCAACCUGGGCAAAGGUUUUGGCCAUGGCUGAGGCAGUGAUGAGCCUUCUGGAGAGAGAAGACGCUGAGUUCUUUGCUCACCUUCAACAGGCUUUCAAAAAGAAUAUCACCGUUGACCCUAAAGAUUUCUUGGUGGAGCUGAUGCUUCAGGAAAAAGGUGGAGCGCAAGGAAUCGGUGGUGCAUUUGAAAACGAAUUCCAGCCGUGGCUGAACGUGACCAAGGAGCUGCUGGCCAGCCCUGUCAUCUUCCUCAGGAAGUGGAUGGGGGAGGGCUUUGUUGGUGUGCUGAGCUUACCAGCCGUGCUGUUGAUCUGGGAUCAGCUGUUCAUGCAAGACUGGGACCCGAGGGUGAUGCAGAAUUUCUGUGCCUCCAUCCUUCUGUUGUUAAAGGAUUCGUUCAUGGCCGCCGCCGACUACAGAGCCGUCCGAGAGGUCUUUCUAUCUCGCGCUUCUCAUCUUCUCACAGCCGAUAUUCAGAGGGCCUGGAUUCACCUGCAGCAAGGGGGUUUGCCUGCUGACAUUCCGGGACUUAACAGGCUGAAUCAAAGGUAG